UCAGAUAUAGCUCGUCCACCAUUUCUAUCAUGGUCACAACCUCGUCCCCGCGCUUCCCUUCCCCAUCAUGCCUGCCCUCCUCUCCACCGUAUACCACCCAUCAUCGCCCUACAAUCCGCGACCUUCCUCCUUUUCUUCUACAAUGCAUCUUCGCCCACCUUGAGCUGAUAGACCUGGCAAGGGCAUAUCAUGUCUGCAAGGACUGGGCCAGCAUUAUUGAAAGUAGAGACGACUGGGCGCUACGGAGGAGACAGCUGGACGCACUGGGAGCAGCAUCGAAGAGGCCGAGAAAGAGGAAGGCGGUGGAUCUGGGGAUCGGGUGGGAUGGAUAUGGGAAAUUCGGGGGAACGGGUGGUAGGGUUAGUUGACGGACGCAGAACGCAGUCCCCAAGGAGAAUCUUGGAAGACGAUUUUGUACAGUGUUGAGUCGAACAGUAGCUUUCCCUUCGAUUUCUACGGUAGUACCAUAGUAUUGUCCUUACGCCAUUUUCUAUUUUCAUUUAUCUAUUUUUCCCCUCUCUUUUGCUCUUUCUUCUUUUCUGUUUCGUUUCGUCCGCAGAGACUUGAGAACCACGGUAGCUAUAAAUAGCUAUACAGACAGAUACCGACAUCAACGGACAUGGGGUGAUUCGUAAUGCUUGAGGAAAAAGAACCAAUGCCAAAACGAGAUUGAUACGGAUUGUUUCAAGGUUGGACACGCGGCCCCCUACG